AUGUCUCUGGCAUCCAUUAUUCCGGUUUCAGCCCAUCAGCUAAUAACAAUUUGCCCCAGUGUUUCCUUCACACCAUAUCACGCUGGUCAUGUCCUGGGUGCUUGCAUGUUCUUCAUUGACAUUGCUGGUUUGAAAAUACUCUACACUGGAGAUUACUGGCAGGAGGAAAAUCGACAUCUUGUCAAAGCUGAACUGCCACCAGUGCAACCCGAUGUUCUCAUUGUAGAAAGUACAUAUGGUGUCCAAACCUUGGAAGGUCGGGAAGAGAAGGAACAAUGUUUCACAAAUUUGGUUCAUUCUGUCAUUCGCCAAGGUGGCCAUGUUCUCCUCCCAGCAUUUGCUCUCAGCUGA